GUUUCUUUACCUCUUGAACCAGAACAGAACCAGAGAGAAAUCGAAGCCUCUCUCUACACAAGCUCCUGAGUUUUCCUCCGAGAUCCGGACGUCCUCGUACAAGAUCCACAAUGUCUUCGACUUUCAGCGGCGAUGAAACGGCCCCCUUCUUCGGCUUCCUGGGAGCAGCUGCUGCUCUUGUCUUCUCCUGUAUGGGAGCUGCAUAUGGAACUGCCAAGAGUGGUGUUGGCGUGGCAUCAAUGGGUGUUAUGAGACCUGAGUUGGUGAUGAAGUCAAUUGUUCCAGUUGUUAUGGCUGGUGUAUUGGGUAUUUAUGGGUUGAUUAUUGCUGUUAUUAUCAGUACUGGCAUUAACCCCAAGGCCAAAUCAUAUUACCUUUUCGAUGGUUAUGCACAUCUCUCAUCAGGCCUUGCUUGUGGACUUGCCGGGCUUUCUGCUGGCAUGGCCAUUGGUAUUGUUGGUGAUGCAGGUGUCAGGGCCAACGCACAGCAGCCAAAACUCUUCGUUGGAAUGAUCCUUAUCCUUAUCUUUGCUGAAGCCCUGGCCCUUUAUGGCCUUAUUGUUGGUAUUAUCUUGUCUUCUCGAGCUGGCCAGUCAAGAGCUGAAUGAGAAGUGGAGCUAUGCAGUUCUAGUAUUAGUAUUCUUUUAUCGCUUAUAAGCACCACGUGAGGAAAGAUGAUUUUUCUUGGAGGGAAGUAAUGAUUGGACAUGGCACAGGGUUUUCAGAAACCGUCAUGGAAGUAACAGCUUUGCUAGUCAUUUUGUGGCUUCUCUACCGUCUUUGUAGAAGUAUAGUUUCACUUUCAUUUCUUAAUAAAACGUUGUGAAGCUUCCGUGUUGUUUUAUUUGUCUGUGUAUCAUGCAGAACUUCAAAACUACUAAUGAAGUUUUAAUUUUGGA